AUGAGCAGCUCGGACGCGGGGCUGGAGGAGGAGCCUGAGCUCAGCAUCACCCUCACGCUGCGGAUGCUGAUGCACGGGAAGGAGGUGGGCAGCAUCAUCGGGAAGAAAGGGGAGACGGUGAAGCGGAUCCGGGAGCAGAGCAGCGCCCGGAUCACCAUCUCCGAGGGCUCCUGCCCCGAGCGCAUCACCACCAUCACCGGCUCCACGGCGGCCGUCUUCCACGCCGUCUCCAUGAUCGCCUUCAAGCUGGACGAGGACCUCUGCUCUGCCCCCGCCAACGGGGGGACCGUCUCCAGGCCUCCAGUGACCCUUCGCCUUGUCAUCCCCGCCAGCCAGUGUGGCUCCCUGAUCGGGAAGGCCGGCACCAAGAUCAAGGAGAUCCGAGAGACCACGGGGGCCCAGGUGCAGGUGGCUGGGGACCUGCUCCCCAACUCCACGGAGCGUGCAGUCACCGUGUCCGGGGUGCCCGACGCCAUCAUCCUGUGUGUGCGCCAGAUCUGCGCCGUCAUCCUGGAGUCCCCACCCAAAGGGGCCACCAUCCCGUACCACCCCAGCCUCUCCUUAGGCACCGUCCUUCUCUCUGCCAACCAGGGCUUCUCCGUCCAGAGUCAGUACGGGGCUGUGACCCCAGCUGAGGUCACCAAGCUCCAGCAGCUCUCGGGCCACGCGGUCCCCCUUGCCUCCCCGAGCAUGGUGCCAGGACUGGAUCCUGGCGCGCAGACCAGCUCCCAGGAGUUCUUGGUUCCCAACGACCUCAUUGGCUGCGUGAUCGGGCGCCAGGGCAGCAAGAUCAGCGAGAUCCGGCAGAUGUCGGGGGCGCACAUCAAGAUCGGGAACCAGGCGGAGGGCGCCGGGGAGCGGCACGUGACCAUCACCGGGUCCCCCGUCUCCAUCGCUCUGGCUCAGUACCUCAUCACUGCCUGUCUAGAAACGGCCAAGUCUACCUCUGGGGGGACGCCCAGUGCGGCCCCCGCAGACCUGUCUACCCCCUUCUCGCCGCCCCUGACGGCCCUGCCCACGGCUCCCCCGGGCCUGCUGGGCACGCCCUACGCCAUCUCCCUGUCCAACUUCAUCGGCCUCAAGCCUGUGCCCUUCCUGGCUCUGCCGCCCGCCUCCCCGGGGCCGCCGCCUGGCCUGGCGGCCUACACUGCCAAGAUGGCAGCGGCCAACGGGAGCAAGAAGGCCGAGCGGCAGAAGUUCUCGCCCUACUGA